CGUCGGAAACUUGCGUAAAUAACUUGGGACGGAGUUGCUAAACACUGCCACGAGUGAACUUGACCGAUUUCACAGAUUUAAACCUGGUUGUAGUCAUAUAAAAGCAGUCAUGGCUUCAGAGGAAGGAUUUAAGGUAUCAUCUUUGAAAGGCAAAGUGACUCUGAUCACAGGUGCCAGCUCGGGCAUCGGGGCAGGGACAAGCAUCAUGUUCGCUAAGCUCGGUGCCUUGCUCGCAUUGAACGGGCGCGACGUGGAAAACCUCACCAACAUAGCCAAACAGUGCACGGACCUGGGUGCUGCCGAGCCCUUGCUUGUACCAGGGGACCUGACUAACGAGGACACCGUAAAGAAGACAGUGGAACUGACCAUUGCCCGCUUUGGCCGGCUGGAUGUGCUGAUCAACAGCGCUGGCAUUCUGGCCAUGGGCAGCAUCGAGACAGGUGACCUGGCUCAGUAUGACAAGGUCAUGAACGUCAACGUCAGAUCAGUGUACCAUCUGACUCAGCUGUGUGUGCCACACCUCAUCAGGACUAAGGGUUCUAUUGUCAAUGUGUCCAGUGUCAACGGGCAACGAUCAUUCCCAGGUGUCCUUGCCUAUUGUAUGUCCAAGUCCGCUAUUGACCAAUUCACACGAUGCAUAGCACUUGAGCUAGCGUCGAAGCAAGUGCGUGUGAACUCUGUCUGUCCUGGUGUGAUCAUAACAGAUGUCCACAGGAGAGCAGGGCUGGAUGAGGAGCAGUAUGCUCAGUUCCUUGAGAAGUGUAAGCAGACCCACGCUUUGGGGAGACCAGGUGAGGUGGAGGAGGUGGCCCAUGCCAUAGCCUUCCUGGCGUCAGAUGCUGCCACCUUCAUUACCGGGGUCAACCUACCUGUGGAUGGGGGGCGCCACGCCAUGUGUCCAAGAUAGUAUCCUGUGACAUGAUCAUUGACUGGCAGCCAAUACAAACCUGAACUGUC